UAUCACGACUUGGCUUUAAUGGAAGGAGAAAGAUCAGCAUCAGGGUUGCACUUGAAUCCCAAUUAUGAGCUACCACCCUCAUUCUCUGCUCCUCAUCCCAUUCCUGAGAUGGGUUUUGUACAGUUUGAAGAUCAUCACCAGGUUUUGAGCUUCUUGGCCCCUUCAUCACAAUCUUCUCAUAUAUCCUCGCAGACUCUCCAUGGUGGUGGUGAAAAUAAUCACACUAAUAGUAGCACCACCAGCAAUCAUAACGGUUCUUUUGGGUUCAGACAUAAUGAACUUGUGGCUACCAGUACUAGACCUUCAUGGAAUAACGACCAGGUGGGCUCGCUGAAUCCCAAGGCUGUUGGUGACCAAAAUUGCGGUACUAAUAAUGCCAACGAGGGUACCAAUUCCUGGUGGAGGAGCUCGGCCUCAGAAAAAGGUAAGGUGAAGGUAAGGAGAAAGUUAAGAGAGCCAAGAUUCUGUUUCCAGACAAGGAGUGAUGUAGAUGUCCUUGAUGAUGGUUACAAAUGGAGGAAAUAUGGCCAAAAAGUUGUCAAGAACAGCCUUCACCCGAGAAGUUACUACAGAUGUACGCAUAAUAACUGUAGGGUGAAGAAGAGAGUUGAAAGACUAUCAGAGGACUGUCGAAUGGUGAUAACUACGUAUGAAGGUAGACACAAUCACUCCCCUUGUGACGACUCAAACUCGUCUGAACAUGAAUGUUUUACUUCAUUCUAGCAGCUUGAUUUGUAUAACUAGUAAAUUAUAUAUUGUACACAGGCUAGUCGUUUGCAUCAAUCUUCUUUUUAUGGUGUGAUUAAUGUUCCAUCGAAUAGCGUUAGC